AUGCCGGAAGCUGGAGUUUCCGAGUUUAAGCCUCUGCUCGACAAGAGCGUAGGAUAUGGCGUCGUCGUCGGCGUCGGCUUCUUCUUCGCCGCACUGAUGCUCCUACUGACCACUCUGCAAAAGAAGUUUUCGAACUUCACCCCCUCAUCAUCAGAAGAAUUCACCAGCGCCUCAAGAAAUGUCAAACCGGGCCUCGUAUGCUGCGGCAUUGUCAGCGCAUGGACAUGGAGUGCAACUUUGCUGCAAUCUAGCACUGGUGCUUACACUGUCGGCGUGAGUGGACCAUGGUGGUUUGCUGUUGGUGGAACAGUCGUGAUGGCAUUGUUCGCUAUGGUUGCGGCGAAGGUCAAAAUGAAUGCCAACGGCGCACACACUUUCCUUGAGAUUGCCAAAAUGCGGUUCGGGACAGUCAUCCAUCUACUUUUCACGUUCUACGCGUUCCUGAGCGUUUUGUUGAUCUCUGGAUGCCUUCUUCUCGGUGGUGCUGCGACGGUGAAUGCACUGACUGGGAUGAACAUUGUCGCAGCAUGCUUCCUCCUCCCAGUGGGCAUCGCAGUAUACGUCAUCUUCGGCGGUCUUCGCCGGUCUUCGCGCUACCUUUGUCUGUGA